AUAUUUUGUUUUUGUUUUCAGAUUAAUCUUGGAAGCAAUCAAUAUCUUUUCUCAGUUGUUGCGGAUCCCAAAGAAAUGCCUUGUUUCUGCCUGAGGCAUGAUGUUGAUGCUCUUCUCUGGCAGCCCCACUCUGAUCAGCCACAAAACAUGUGGGAACACAUUGCAACCUUUAAUGCUUUAGGUUACGUUCAAGCAUCAAAACAAGACAAGAAGUUCAUGGCUUGUGCCCCAGACUACUCCUAUGCUGCUCUUUGCGAGUGCUUGCGGCGAAUUUUCAUCUAUCGCCAGCCAACUCCUCUGUCCACAGUUCUCUACAACAGGAAGGAAGGAAGACAAGUAGGACAGGUUGCUAAGCAGCUAGUAGCAACUCUGGAAGCCAACGAUCCAAUCUUAGGCUUUCAAGCUACAAAUGAAAGAUUAUUUGUUCUCACAACAAAAACCUUGUUUUUGAUAAAAGUGAAUGCUGGAAAUUAAUUAGUAUAUUUUGCUGUAGUUCAUGUUUAUUUGUUAAAGAAAUGGCCAGGUAAAUAAUCUGAGAAGUUCAGUACAUUUUGCUGAAGUUUAAAAAAGAGGUGCUUUACAGGGGAAACAGAUUUCUUUCAUUAGAACUCACCUGUAAGUCAGUGAGAGUUUUUCAGCUUCACUGUUGCUAAGCUAAGCUUUUUUGGAGACAAAUAGAAAUGCCUUGCCUGCUAGCAGCUUUCUAGAGACUGCUGCUUGCAUAAGUGAAUAGAUUUAUGCAUUUCUUUUUCCAGUAACCACUUGCUAGGCUUCUGAAAUUUGAGAAUUCACUUCUGAUUUUAACUGAUAGUUUUACCUCUGAAAAAAGUGAACAGAUAAAGAAAAUACCGACUCGUGUUACAAGCAUAUAGUGUGCAAUGUAAGGAAUUGUGUGUGAUUUAAA